AAUCCAGGUGCCCCCACACCUCUUUCCCUCCAACUUGACUUCAUACAAGUCAUGCCCCUGCUCCAAAAUCUUGGGUAGCUGCCCAUGACCUGUCACCAAACUGAGACUUGAUCCUGCCCAGAAGAGGGGCACACCCUCUGACAAUCCAGAAGGGGACUGCGCCAGAUCGUCCCACUUUAGGGAAGAGGACACAGAAGUCCACCAUGCUUGAGUCAUCUUAAGAUCUCAUGGCUGGCAAGUGGCAAAGCAGGCAUUCAAACUGGACAGCUGGCUUACGGCCACCAUCCCGGUUGCCACACUGGAGGCCCCAAAUGAGAUUCCAUCCCAUUAACAAGGACACUUGAGGCAUGGUAAUAUGCUGCCAGUUCACAUGUCAACAAAGCCCUUCUACUUAAUCAAUGGACUGACUGAAGCAUUUAUUAAUUGCAUAUACAGCCACGGAUAUUUAGAGUGCCCUUAAUACUAUGUCAAAAGCCAGGCGGGAACUACUUUUAUCUUGUCUCAAGAGGUCAGUCUCUAGAAAGUAAAGGAGCUGAGCUUUGAGCUAACUCCAAGUUCUACAGUCUAUGUGCUCUUUCUCUGAGGACCUACUAUGCACUGGGCUGAGAAAGAGAACCGGCAGAUCCGGUAGCUACCGUCAGGGAGGAAACUUGCAGGAGGUUGUGGAGAGGAGCAACAGCUUCCUCCCUAGUUGGGGGCAGUCUUGGCAAAGGGAAGCCUUAGAGAGGUUUAUGUGUGGGGAAGGGUCAGGCAAGGGAGAGGUAAUAGGAGAAUGUGUUGCUGACUCUCCUAAGGGCAAGGCCUGGCUGUGGGGUCGGAGGGGCUAAUGGGCUGCAGAUGGCUUUCUUAGGGGAAGGGGAGCAGCCGAAAUGGGACUGCCCAGGAAAGGUGGCAGGAGGAUGUUGCUGGAAAAGGAAGCAGCUUACAAAGGGGAUUUUAGUCUGAAAGCAGCGGGAGCCCGUUAUUUAUUUUUAUUUUAAAACAUAAUUUUCAAAUCGAUGCAACCCAAAAAGCCUGUUCCUGCUGGCUUUCAACUUUGUGUAAACAAGAGAUUCAGAAGUGUGCAGGGUGUGUCCAUGCAUGUGUACACGUGUGUUUUAGAGACAAAGGGUAAAUGUGGGACCAUCUAGGAGUUUAGAGCAAAGGGUUUCAGAAUGUUAAAGAAAAAAAAAGAAACAAAACAAACAAAAACAAAAACAAAAACAAAAAAUCCCUACUACUCACACUGUAAUUGGGCUUGGGGAUUCAUUUGCUGAAACAUCAGCCACAAGGGUUUCCUACUCCACCUGGAACAGGGAGAAAGGACAAAACAUUUCCUGGGAGUGGUCUAGUGAAGCAGAGGUGAAGGUGGCCCUAGGCUGUUGUGUUCUCUGGUCCCCCAACUUCUGCCGCCAUAAAGCAGAGGUAGUAAAGACUUGCCUUCUUGCUUGGAUUUCGUUAGGGAGUGAGGAAAUAAGCCGGUGAAGGGGGGAGUCUAGGUAGCGAUCCUUAUUGUCCCUGCGAGAGGAAUACCUAAACCAGGCAUUCCUGCGGUCCUGCUUGUCCUGGGCCACUAGAAGCGGAGCUCUGCUCUCAGCAGGAGGGCGGGAGCUACGGGGGCGGGCACUGAGGGGUUCCGCGGCGAUAAAGGGACAGCGUCAGCGAGGAGCGCUGGCCCAGCUAUGCGCGAGGGUCUGAGCAGCGCUUGCGACGCCGCCCGGCCGCGGCUCUGUCGCUUCCUGCGCAGGAUCUUUGGCCCGAAGGUCGCCAGUCGCGUGGGCCCAGCCAGCCCAACAACACAGGAUGACCCUAAGAGUCACAAGCAUCAAAAUGGUUUCCCCCAGUUCCUCACUGGGACUGCACAGAAUGUUCCAGAAUCCCUGGACAAGCUGCAUGUGACUCCAUCGACCCGCCCACAGCACGUGAGGAUCAAAAACUGGGGCAAUGGAGAGAUUUUUCACGACACCCUUCACCACAAGGCCACCUCGGAUAUCUCUUGCAAGUCCAAAUUAUGCAUGGGGUCCAUCAUGAACUCCAAGAGUUUGACCAGAGGACCCAGAGACAAGCCCACCCCAGUGGAGGAGCUUCUGCCUCAAGCCAUUGAAUUCAUUAACCAGUAUUAUGGCUCCUUCAAAGAGGCAAAAAUAGAGGAACAUCUGGCCAGGCUGGAAGCCGUAACAAAGGAAAUAGAAACAACAGGAACCUACCAGCUCACUCUGGAUGAGCUCAUCUUUGCCACCAAGAUGGCCUGGAGGAACGCCCCUCGCUGCAUCGGCAGGAUUCAGUGGUCCAACCUGCAGGUCUUCGAUGCCCGGAGCUGUAGCACUGCAUCAGAAAUGUUCCAGCAUAUCUGCAGACACAUACUUUACGCCACUAACAGUGGCAACAUCAGGUCGGCCAUUACUGUGUUCCCCCAGCGGAGCGAUGGGAAGCAUGACUUCCGGAUCUGGAAUUCCCAGCUCAUCCGGUACGCUGGCUACCAGAUGCCCGAUGGCACCAUCAGAGGGGAUCCUGCCACCUUGGAGUUCACCCAGUUGUGCAUCGACCUGGGCUGGAAGCCCCGCUAUGGCCGCUUCGAUGUGCUGCCUCUGGUCCUGCAGGCUCACGGUCAAGAUCCAGAGGUCUUUGAAAUCCCUCCUGAUCUUGUGCUGGAGGUGACCAUGGAGCAUCCCAAGUACGAGUGGUUCCAGGAGCUCGGGCUGAAGUGGUAUGCGCUGCCUGCCGUGGCCAACAUGCUCCUGGAGGUGGGUGGCCUCGAGUUCCCAGCCUGCCCCUUCAAUGGUUGGUACAUGGGCACCGAGAUUGGAGUCCGAGACUUCUGUGACACACAGCGCUACAACAUCCUGGAGGAAGUGGGCAGGAGGAUGGGCCUGGAGACCCACACACUGGCCUCCCUCUGGAAAGACCGGGCUGUCACCGAGAUCAAUGCAGCUGUGCUCCAUAGUUUUCAGAAGCAGAAUGUGACCAUCAUGGACCACCACACAGCCUCAGAGUCCUUCAUGAAGCACAUGCAGAAUGAGUACCGGGCCCGAGGAGGCUGCCCUGCAGACUGGAUUUGGCUGGUCCCUCCGGUGUCCGGGAGCAUCACCCCUGUGUUCCACCAGGAGAUGUUGAACUACGUCCUAUCUCCAUUCUACUACUACCAGAUCGAGCCCUGGAAGACCCACAUCUGGCAGGAUGAGAAGCUGAGGCCCAGGAGGAGAGAGAUCCGGUUCACAGUCUUGGUGAAAGCGGUGUUCUUUGCUUCUGUGCUAAUGCGGAAGGUCAUGGCUUCCCGCGUCAGAGCCACAGUCCUCUUUGCUACUGAGACAGGAAAGUCGGAAGCGCUAGCCAGGGACCUGGCUGCCUUGUUCAGCUACGCCUUCAACACCAAGGUUGUCUGCAUGGAACAGUAUAAGGCAAACACCUUGGAAGAGGAACAACUACUGCUGGUGGUGACAAGCACAUUUGGCAAUGGAGACUGCCCCAGCAAUGGGCAGACUCUGAAGAAAUCUCUGUUCAUGAUGAAAGAACUCGGGCAUACCUUCAGGUAUGCGGUAUUUGGCCUGGGCUCCAGCAUGUACCCUCAGUUCUGUGCCUUUGCUCAUGACAUCGACCAGAAACUGUCUCACCUGGGAGCCUCCCAGCUUGCCCCAACCGGAGAAGGGGACGAACUCAGCGGGCAGGAGGACGCCUUCCGCAGCUGGGCUGUGCAAACCUUCCGGGCAGCCUGUGAGACGUUCGAUGUUCGAAGCAAACAUUGCAUUCAGAUCCCGAAACGCUACACUUCCAACGCAACAUGGGAGCCAGAGCAGUACAAGCUCACCCAGAGCCCAGAGCCUCUAGACCUCAACAAAGCUCUCAGCAGCAUCCACGCCAAGAACGUGUUCACCAUGAGGCUGAAAUCCCUCCAGAAUCUGCAGAGUGAGAAGUCCAGCCGCACCACCCUCCUUGUUCAACUCACCUUCGAGGGCAGCCGAGGCCCCAGCUACCUACCUGGGGAACACCUGGGGAUUUUCCCAGGCAACCAGACGGGCCUGGUGCAAGGGAUCUUGGAGCGAGUUGUGGAUUGUUCUUCGCCAGACCAAACUGUGUGCCUGGAGGUUCUAGAUGAGAGUGGCAGCUACUGGGUCAAAGACAAGAGGCUUCCCCCCUGCUCACUCAGGCAAGCCCUCACCUACUUCCUGGACAUCACUACCCCUCCCACCCAGCUGCAGCUCCACAAGCUGGCCCGCUUUGCCACGGAAGAGACGCACAGGCAGAGGUUGGAGGCCUUGUGUCAGCCCUCAGAGUACAACGAUUGGAAGUUCAGCAACAACCCCACGUUCCUGGAGGUGCUGGAAGAGUUCCCAUCAUUGCGUGUGCCUGCUGCCUUCCUGCUGUCGCAGCUCCCCAUUCUGAAGCCCCGCUACUACUCCAUCAGCUCCUCCCAGGACCACACCCCCUCGGAGGUCCACCUCACUGUGGCUGUGGUCACCUAUCGCACCCGAGAUGGUCAGGGUCCCCUGCACCAUGGCGUCUGCAGCACUUGGAUCAAUAACCUGAAGCCCGAAGACCCAGUGCCCUGCUUUGUGCGGAGUGUCAGUGGCUUCCAGCUCCCUGAGGACCCCUCCCAGCCCUGCAUCCUCAUUGGGCCCGGUACAGGCAUUGCCCCCUUCCGAAGUUUCUGGCAGCAGCGGCUCCAUGACUCUCAGCACAGAGGGCUCAAAGGAGGCCGCAUGACCUUGGUGUUUGGGUGCAGGCACCCAGAGGAGGACCACCUCUAUCAGGAAGAAAUGCAGGAGAUGGUCCGCAAGGGAGUGUUGUUCCAGGUGCACACAGGCUACUCCCGGCUGCCCGGAAAACCCAAGGUCUACGUUCAAGACAUCCUGCAGAAAGAGCUGGCCGACGAGGUGUUCAGCGUGCUCCACGGGGAGCAGGGCCACCUCUAUGUUUGUGGCGAUGUGCGCAUGGCUCGGGAUGUGGCUACCACUUUGAAGAAGCUGGUGGCCGCCAAGCUGAACUUGAGUGAGGAGCAGGUUGAGGAUUACUUCUUCCAGCUCAAGAGCCAGAAACGUUAUCAUGAGGAUAUCUUCGGUGCGGUCUUUUCCUAUGGAGCAAAAAAGGGCAACACCUUGGAGGAGCCCAAAGGCACAAGACUCUGACACCCAGAAGAGUUACAGCAUCUGGCCCUAAAUAAAAUGACAGUGAGGGGUUUGGAGAGACAGAAGUGCGAUCCCCCCCAAACCCCUCACAUCAUCUCCCCUCCUCUACCCUACCAAGUAGUAUUGUACUAUUGUGGACUACUGAAUCUCUCUCCUCUCCCCCGUCCCCUAUUCUCCCUUCCCUCCCGUUUUCUCUGCCCCUCCCCCACAUUCUCUUUCCUUUGCCUCAUACUUCCUCAGAGCUGAGAGCAGAGGAAAAUGAACCACCCGACUGAAGCACUUUGGGUGACCACCAGGAGGCGCCAUCCCGCUGCUCUAAUAUUUAGCUGCAUUGUGUACAGAUAUUUAUACUUUGUAUUUAAGAAAACAUACCUUCGUCCACUCCCAACGACCGCUUGGCCCUUCCGUGUAUAAUUCCUUGAUGAAGAUAUUUAUAUAAAAUGCAUUUUAUUUUAAUAAAAUGAGUGUUUGAUCAA